GUUUCCCUGGCCAUCGUUGGUGCAGAUGCACUGCUGAAUAACGGAUAUGUUCUGGCACGUAUUGGAACAGCCCAGGUGGCCAAUUUAAUUUCGGCUAUCGCUCACGCGCCUACCUUGGUUUGUGCAGAAACUUACAAAUUUUGGGAGCGUGCACACUCGGACGCAUUUGAGUACAACGAAAUUGGCGAUCCGGAUGAUAUCUGGCGUGGUCCACGAGGGCCAAUGGCCGAUCCAAAUGUAGGCAUUCCUGGCUGUGGACCGGUUUGGUGCACGUCUACAGACCAGUUACCCAAUCUACAAAACUGGCGUUCAAAUGCGAAACUACGCUUGCUACAUUUGGUUUACGAUGUGCUCCCACCGGAACUUGUAACUGCUGUGGUCACAGAGAAGGGCAUUUUGCCAACCACCUCUGUACCUGUUGUAUUACGAGUGAAACAGGCCACCUCGAUUCCAGUUUGA